UAACUACAGAAAUUUGAGAAAAUAUUAGAAAGUAGCAUCAAUGGCUUCCCUUCCCAUCUUGACAGUUCUUGAACACACACAAGUCUCACCACCAUCUGCCACCGUAAAAGACAGGGUGUUGCCACUGACUUACUUUGACUUCAUGUGGGUAAGCCAACCUCCUGUUCACUAUCUAUUCUUUUAUGAGAUGCCAAUCACACACACUAAAUUCAUCGAUAAUAUUAUUCCUAAUCUCAAACACUCGUUAUCCAUCACUCUUCAACAUUUUUUUCCUUUCGCUGGUAACUUGAUGGUAUUUCCUAGUUCUACCCAAAAGCCCGAAAUACGUUAUGUUGAAGGUGAUUCUGUCGCAGUUACCUUUGCUGAAUGUAACCUUGAUUUCAAUGAACUUACUGGAAACCAUCCCCGAGAUUGUGAGAUGUUUUACCAUCUUAUACCUCUACUGGGUCAGGCUCAUAAAACCUCAAAUUUUACAAAGAUCCCGGUGUUUACCGUUCAAGUGACACUUUUUCCAAACUCUGGAUUCUCCAUCGGAAUGACAAAUCACCAUUGUCUAGGUGAUGCUAGCACCAGGUUCUGUUUCUUGAAGGCAUGGACAACAAUUGCUCGAUGUGGUACGGAUGAGUUAUUUCUAGCUAAUGGAACUUUACCGUUUUACGAAAGACCAAUCCAAAACCCUAAACUAGAUGAAUGUUAUCUGAAGUUUGGGGACGUUGAAAACUCUAAAGAAGAGUACCAACCUCCAAAACUAUGUGGACCAACUGAUAAAGUUCGAGCCACCUUUAUAUUGCCUCGAGCUAUGCUUAAUAGGUUGAAAAAAUUGGUUUCAACACAACUAACGACAUUAGCAUAUGUAUCAUCCUUUACGGUAGCAUGUGGUUAUAUGUGGAGUUGCAUAGCGAAAACAAGCAAGGAUGAGCUGCAACUAUUUGGUAUCGCCGUUGAUUGUAGGGCACGAUUGAAUCCCGUGAUCCCAGCAGCCUACUUCGGUAACUGUGUUGGACCGUGUGUUGCUAUGGAAAACACCAUACAGUUAAGAAGUAAAGAAGGGUUCGUAACCGCAGCAAAAUUAAUAGGAGAAAGUCUACAUAAGACUUUGACAGAUAAGGAUGGAGUUGUUAAAGAAAUAGAAUCCUUCGAGGACUUGUUUCCCAAUGGGGUUCCGACAACAAUGAUCUGGGUAGCUGGAACACCAAAGCUCAAGUUUUAUGACAUGGAUUUUGGGUGGGGAAGGCCGAAAAAGCUAGAAACCGUUUCGAUUGAUUAUAAUGGGGCGAUAUCCAUGAAUGCCAGCAAAGAAGAAAAUGAUGAUCUGGAGAUUGGUGUUUGUCUCCCGGCUACCCAGAUGAAGUCUUUUGUUCGUAUCUUUGAGGAUGGCUUAGAAGCAUAUUGUAUCUAGAUCCAUUGUGUGUUAUUUUUGUGCUUCCUUUUCCUUUGUUGUCUCGUUAAAUUUUCCAAGUGCAUGAUGUGGUUAGAUAACUAGAUAAUUAUUGUUACUUUUGUGCU